AUGGCGACAACCACUUCCAUCCCAACUCAAGAAGGCCCGGGGAAAUUCGAUAUGAAGAAUGGGAAAGAUGAUAUUAUAGACAUUGAAAGAACUGCAACCUCAGGAACUGAGCAGAAUGGUGAUUCGAAAGAGAUACCCGCAGAUAAUACUGCAGGGUAUCACAGGUCCCUCACCAGACGAAAGGUCAUGAUGAUGACUUUUGGUGCUGGUAUUGGUACAGGUCUCUGGGUUGGCACUGGACAGGCAUUAUACUACGCUGGCCCUGGUGGAUUGGCUGUGACAUACACCCUUACUGCAAUGAUUGUUUACGCCCAGUAUAGCUCUAUUGGAGAGAUGAUGGCAUACAAACCAGUCCACGGAGGCUUCAUUCGAACUUGCGCAGAAUACGUAGAUCCUGCCUUCGGAUUUGCCAUUGGUGUCAACUUCUGGUUUGCUUGGGUCAUGAUUAUUCCUGCGGAAAUAACAGCAGCAGUAUCUGUUUUGAAAUACUGGCCGGCGACCGAGAGUAUACCCUUGGCAGCAUACAUUACCAUAUUUCUUGCGGUCAUAGCCCUGGCAAAUGUUUUCCAUGUUCGAGUCUAUGGAUUUAUUGAGUACUUCAUGUCAUUUUUCAAAUGUGCUGCGGUGGUCUUGAUGAUCUUCUUUUUGUUCAUCAUGACAUUGGGAGGAAUCCCGGCCACAAAUGGGCCUAUUGGAUUUCGAUUUUGGAAGAAUCCAGGUGCCUUCAACAAUGGGAUGAAAGGGAUUGCUAAAGCUUUUGUCCAAGCUGCAUUCAGUUUUGGUGGUGGUGAGCAUAUCGCCGUGAUUGCGGGUGAGAUAGCUAACCCUCGACAAACGAUCAAGAAGACCGUACGUCCAGUCUUCUGGCGCAUGUUUACCUUCUUUGUUGUCAACAUCUGGCUUGUGGGAAUGUGUGUGCCAUCAAAUGACACCGAUCUAGCUACUGCUAGUGGUACCCUUGGGAGUCCCUUUGUCAUCGCUAUCAAGACGGCCUCGGUCUACGGACUCGCAGAUGCAAUCAACGGAUUCAUUUUUCUCAGCGUGAUUAGCUGUGGAAUUACAAGUGUCUACGUUGCAAGUCGUAGCCUGACAGCUUUGGCUGAUCUGAAGCUUAUUCAUCCUUUCUUUGGAUGGAAAGACAAGCAGGGACGACCCUAUGUCUCUCUCAUUAUCAGUCUUGGUAUUGGAGGUGGUCUGUGUUAUCUCAACUGCGACAGUAUUGGCACUGUCGUGUACAAUUGGUUUUCUUCCUUGGUGGGAAUUGCGACGCUAUUCAACUGGUCUGGGUGUUAUAUUGCCCAUCUCCGAUUCAGACAAGGGCUCAAGGCGCAAGGCAAAGACCUUGGAACUCUGCCCUUUAAGGGGUUCCUCACACCAUACGCUCAAUAUUUUGCCUUAAUCAUUGUAGCAUUUGUCUUUGGUUGUGAAUUUUACUUGGCGUGCUGGCCAUUUGGGGAGAAAGGCUCCGUCAAAAGCUUCUUCUCAACCUAUCUUGCAGCACCAUUAUUUGUUUUCGACUACUGCGCAUACAAGUUUUACUUCAAAACUAAGAUUGCGAAAUCAAAAGAGAUGGAUUUCACUCCCGCUGAAUAUUUUGAUGAAGAGGAUCGCUUAAACGAGAUAGCAGCUCAAGAGCAAGAGUCAACAUACACUGAGAAGGAAACGUGGAUCAAACGAGCCCCGUUACUUGGUCUUUGGCUAGAGGGCAAAUCUUUCAAGUCA